AUGGCCGUCUAUGCAGCCCCUGAUGAGGAAAAGGGCUUAGUACCCAGCAACGUUGACUAUUUCAUCUCUCUGUCCUUGAUGGCGCUUGUUCAGGAACUGGAUCCAACAAAGCAUGGAAGGCUGGUUGAGUUUCUCUGUGCGCUUCAGAAGCAGAUUGCAACGGACCCUUCAACAGGCGAGUCGCUUACUGUGGAUAUUGAUAAGGAAGUUCUCUGGACGAACCUGCCGUCUCUCAGGUAUACUGAGGCGGAGACAUGGAGGGAGUUCGGAGGUGACUAUAAGGACAGCAGCCAUGGAGGUAACAUCAUGUGGUUUAUCUAUGCUGCGAACCGGUUGUGA